UCCGUGCUGCGGGAGCGACGCUGAAAUUUCGCUGCUCCCACUCUGUAGCACUGGACCAGUAGUCGAAGCUGUUGAUGUAUUUAUUUUUUUGUUAUUCUCAGUUAAAUCGCUGUUAAUAAUGGCUUCCGAUGGCAUGGAUGAACGAUCACCGCUAUUGUCUACGCAGAACUCUGGGAAUGUUACACCCACAGCACCGCCGUACCUGCAGGAAACCAGCCCAAGAGCUGAGCUUCCUCCCCCCUACACAGCCAUUGCCAGUCCAGAUGCUGGAGGGGUGCCGGUCAUUAACUGCCGAGUGUGCCAGUCUCUUAUAAACCUGGAUGGCAAGCUCCAUCAGCAUGUGGUGAAGUGUACUGUCUGCAACGAAGCCACGCCCAUCAAAAACCCACCAACAGGAAAGAAGUAUGUUAGAUGUCCCUGCAACUGCCUGCUAAUCUGUAAAGACACAUCCCGAAGGAUAGGAUGCCCUCGUCCCAACUGCAGACGCAUCAUCAACCUGAGCCCGGUGAUGGUGAUCCCGGAAGAGCAGCCCGCACAGCCCGCUCUGCCCGUGCAGCCUGAGGGCCUGCGUGUUGUCUGCGGUCACUGUGGCAACACCUUCCUCUGGAUGGAGCUGCGAUUUAACACACUGGCCAAGUGCCCGCACUGCAAAAAAAUUUCGUCCGUUGGCAGUGCAUUGCCCAGGAGGCGCUGCUGUGCCUACAUUACAGUAGGAAUGAUCUGCAUCUUCAUCGGAAUUGGAUUAACAGUGGGCACUCAAGACUUUGCUAGUCGUUACCAUGCCACCUAUGUGUCCUGGGUCUUCGCUUACCUGCUGGGUCUCAUCUGUCUGGUACGGGCCUGUUACUGGGGAGCAAUUAAAGUCAGCUAUCCAGAGAAUACAUUUGCAUAGAUAGUGUCCAUUAUCCAAGGAGCCCUUUUAUGAUUUCAUUUUAUCCUGAUUUUAACAGGUGUACAUGUGAAUGGUCGUUCCAUUUAGGAGUGCUAAAAUCCAGUCCGGGGUUUAUAGUUGACUGAAAAGGUUGUACUUUAAGACUGAUUGGCUCUGAUUUGUUGAAUUCACCUUAUAAAUGAUCUAUUACAUUUGAAUUUUGAAUACAUUUAAAUUUGUGUUGUUAACUAUGAAUUAAUUUUGAUCAAAUGGAAUUCCUAAAUUCAGCUUGGUAUUCCUCAUGGAUUUUGGCUGGCUUGGAGUUAUUAUGACCCCUGCUGGAGGGACAUUUCAAGUACUGCUUUUUGUUACUGACUUGACCAAAAGAGAUGAUCUUAUGUGAACAACUUGCCCAUUGCACUACAAUUUUAUGCAAUUAUUAUGUUCUGUUGCUGCUAGCCAUCACAGCUGUAAAAAGCUGAAAGUUAUGUAUUAGUCCACAUCCAACAAGGUACUGUGUUCAAAUGUUCAGUUGUCUGUAAAUUUACUUACAGCCCUGUGCCGAUAUUCCUAUUUGUGUGUGGCUUAGGGGACAUUGGUUUAUGAAAAUGUAUUAGUUCUUUCAAAUUCAUGGAAAUGUAUCCUUGAGUCCAUUUUCAUGAAAGCACCCAAACUUACAGUGAGCAGUAAACUUUAGUUUCGUGGCUUUCUGAGUAAGAUAAACAGCAUGCUCACAAACGCUGCAGCCUCUCAAUUCGACUCAUCAGUGUAAGCAAUGAGAGUUACAUAUACUGCAUGACUUUAGGCUGGUUCAUUUGUACCACAGAGCAGUGUUCUCUCUCUUGGCCCCUGUAAGGCACAGGGGCAGGCCUGCAGUCUAAGAUGCAAACACCUCUGCUGCUUGCCUGCAUCCAACACGUGGUCAUAACUGGCUAGUGUCACAGUAGUUCCUUAACUUCGUCAGGACAAACAGGCACAACCAUAGUUGCUAAUCCUGUUCUAAAUGUGACAAAUGAUACAUGUACAUAGUAUAUUCGGUACACUGAGAUUGUAGCUUGAGUUGGAAAAUGGCUUGGGCCUUUUUAAAAUGAUAAUUUAUCAAUAAAAUGAAUAAAACCUG